AUGCUUUCCCGCGAACACACAGGCACCUCCGAUGUGCUAGCCAGGAGCCAUCCAUCGAGAGACUCUGUGUUUGCAGCAUUUGAUCGUGAUAACGACGCUCCAGUAUCUAUGGGACAUUUUGACAAAGACGACGAUGUGCAGGAAGAUGAGGAGCUUGAUUACGCGAUUGACACCUCAGCGCUUCACAGAGCAUUGCCGCAAUUUACAGAUAUCAGCAGUUCGGAUGAAUCCGAAGCCCCAUCGAUAGAAAUCAGUAGAGGAGGGAGAAAGGUUUCACACCAAACGGAUUACACCCAUAGCUCGAUUUUUUCGCCGGAAGAUAGUAAACCAACUGCAUCACCGGCAAUUCGGCGGGAUGAACUGCCUGAAUCCAGAUUGCCCAGACCAGCCUUGCGAGCAAUAUCCAACAGAACGGCAAUGAAAAAUCAGGACAGUCUUCGCAAAGACGCCCAAAUCCGGCGGGCAAGCCAUGUCUCGCAGAAAGAGAAUCUCGAUCCCAAAGCACUCAAGGUUCGGGGUGGGAGGCAGGUGAACCUGAGCCGCCGCCCCUCGAAAACUCAACGCCGCACGUUGUCCGACAUGCAUGCAAAGGUCAUGGAGACUUACGAGGACUCAUACUUGAGCGACGAACGACCCCACAGCGCAGAUGCAAUGUCUAGAAACACGCGUUUUGGAAGCAAUCGAACUCAAAAGAAGACAGAAACAGUUAUGGAAGCUGUGAACAAUGCUGCUGGAAGAACGUAUGGUGAAAUUGAAGUUGGCACCACGGCUGAUGUUACGGAAGAUCCCACUGAUACGAACGACGUUUUGCGCGAAGCCACUAACCCUCACGAGUCAUUUCUUUUGCCCGACAUACCGGAUUUGUCAGAGCUGGUGUCCGGCAUCUACCAAGAAGCGAUGCCCGUAAAAUCCCGCAACUCUCGGUCUCGUACGACGCGUUUUGCAUCUCCGCCUGCUGUAACGAUUACAGCAGCGGCCGAUGAGCAUGUUCCUUUUGAUGGUGUCCCUAUUCCAGAUGAUGAGAAGGCGAUAUUUGCGUCGCUCAGGCUCCUUCAGGAGAAAGUUUCCACGUUGGAAAACGAAAAUUUGCUUGCUGAGCAAAGGGUAGAAGACCUUCAAGUAGAAAACCAGCUGCUUCGUGCUGAACAGUCCAAAAGUCAAAAGGCAGAGCAACGCAAAGCGCGUGUUUAUAAAGGAGGAGAUCAAGACUCUGGUCGAGGUGCUGCGACGCUGGCUAUUCAGAAAAGCAGGUUGGAAGCCGCCAAUAUGGCACUUCAGAAUCGUCUGGAUAUCGCCAACCAUAAAAUCUCAGGGCACGAGGGAAAUAUGCGCAGGGUAAUGAAGGAACGUGACUCUGUAAUGAACAAGCUCGGCGUUGCGUAUCUUAGUUGUCAAGAGCUUCGUUCCCAGAACGAGGCAUUGCGCCGAGAGAAUGAAGAGCUUGACGGCCAACUUUCACUCUUGACGUCAAUGCCAAAAUUGGAGCAGUCCAACUCGGAUGUUUUGUCUAAGUCCAGAGCAUUGAAAGACGAUACAACCUCGAGAAGAAAGCCACGGAGGAGAAAGAACUCCGAGUCUGCAAACGAAGAGAAUUCGUCAAUUCAAAAUCUACCGGACGUUCCCCGUGAGACUCGUCGAAACGAUAGGAAAAGCAACAACUUCAACAACCACUAUAACCAACUAUUUGAAUCAGGACAGCAUGACGAUGCUAAAUCUAAACAAGAACAGCAGGAAAAUCAAUACGACGAAUUAUUUUCGCUAGAUUUAUCCAAGCGUCGAGGGUCUCGAUCUCGAGAACACCGCAGGGAAAGUCAACCGCUUUUCUCUGAAAAGAAAGAGCCAAAUACAAGCAAGCAGCGUAUAAGAAAGAGCGCUACGGCAGAUGAUAGCGACAUGUCUGAUAUUGAAGUUUUAACAACGUCAAAGCACAGAGGACGUGGUACGCAGGAUUUGACAUUCUUAAGCUUCAUUGACGGCCGCGAAAUUGCACUCCUUCGAAAAACACUUGAGGAAGAGCGCAUUGCACGCAAACAGCGACGUGCACAGGAACCAACUCGUUCAAUCCUGAAAAAUGCGGCUCAUGUUGAUACUUUACAAUCUGAAAAAUUUCCCUCGGCGCCGGCUAUGAACAAAGAGUCUGGAGACCCAACUGAGUCUGCACGCAAUCCAAUAUCCAGGACCCUCAAGCAUAGCUCUCAUGGAGAUGAAGAAGGAACAGCAGCUCAUGAAAUGACCCAAGACACACGUUCUCUUAGUGAUCGGCAGCGGGAUCUAGGUGAUAUGACUUCCGCAAUUAUUUUGCCAGAUAUCACUUGGCACGGCGUCAAAAUCUCGGCGGCUACGCAACGUGUUUUAGACGAAGUUGCCAAUCACAAGAAGGAGAAUUGCUUUGUUUGUCACGAAACGAAGAAGCGUGGUUCUUCUGAUAUGAAUUCCAGCGCUUCAUCAGUGAAGGUUCCCAAGCCUAUACCCGUAUCGGAACGUACGCCUGCGCCAACCGCCUAUAACGAGGAGCCAACAUUACGGCCGUCCCAACCGCCAUCUGCAGCCUUGGCCUCUGUUCUCAAAGGGCUGGAAGAUGAAUUGGCACACUUGAAAAUGCAGCUAACGGUGUUUCAAACGACGUACGCUAAGCAUGAUCCAUCGCUUGGGAAACGGCAGCGGAAAGGCAUGUGCCAAAAAAUUGCGAGCCUCAUGACAGAAAUUGAGAAAAAGUCUGACCAAAUAUAUUCCCUCUACGACGUUUUAGAAGGUCAAAAGAAACAUGGCGAGGAAAUGACAGACGAGCAAGUCGAAGUCACACUUGAAUCUUUGGGCGUUGCCCCUGCUGGCAACUUUCCCGCGAAAUUUGCAAAACAAAAGCAGGCACCACAAAGUAAAGCGGAGCCGAAUGAUAGUGACGAUGGAGAAUUGCCCUGGGAAGGAUUUGAUAGCACUAUCGAAUCCACAAGAAGAAGUCUGGGCCAAAGAGGAUGA